AUGGAUUACCAACGCCCCCUGUCUUAUGCGCCGACUCCCUACAGUUACACGCCAAAUCCGGCAUUGUCGUCGUCAAUCAACCUUGACGAAGAAGUGAAACUUGCAACUACCUCUGCCGAACGGGAUCUCUACGAAUCGCUUGCUGAGAUUUACAGCAUCAUCAUCACGCUAGAUGGCUUGGAAAAGGCGUAUAUCAGGGAUGCUAUUUCGGAAUCAGAGUACACGGAAACAUGCACUCGUUUACUAAAGCAAUACAAGUCGACGCUGGGUGACGAAACGGUUGCGAGAGAGUUUGUGGAUUUGGAGACUUUCAAACGCACCUGGGAUCUCGAAUGCCCCCGAGCGACCGAACGUCUACGGAUUGGUCUCCCAGCAACAGUCGAGCAAGCUCCUCACGGCGCCCACACACCAAGCAAUGGUGCACCUAGCAAUGCCCCUGCUGGCGGUGCUUCUGGCACUCUAAUCCUCACCGCGACAGAAAAUUUUAUAACCUUUCUGGAUGCCUUGAAGCUGAAUAUGGUUUCGAAGGAUGCGUUGCAUCCGUUGCUAUCUGAAGUCAUUCAGUCGGUGAACAAGGUUACGGACCGCGACUUCGAAUCCCGUGGGAAGAUAAUCCAGUGGCUUAUCACGCUCAAUCAGAUGCGAGCAACAGAAGAGUUGAAUGAAGACCAGGCUCGCGAGCUGUCAUUUGAUAUCGAGCAAGCGUACCAGGGCUUCAAGGCAACUCUAACUUGA